AUGAGAAACGACUGCAUAGAUAUUCUCUCCGCCCUGAUGCAGCACUGCCCCGAAAAUUUGAGUUUUGAGGCCGUGCAGGCGCUCGAGCAUGCCCGCGUGUUUCUGCAUUAUCCUAUUCGUCCCUCGGUGAUGUACGAGUUGCUGGAUCUAACAAACACCCAGUAUUUCAAGAGAACUCUCGAGCUGCUCCUCUCCGAGCAUGCACAAACCGCCGAAAGGGUUUUACAGAUAGCUCCUGUCUUUUGGUAUAAUGCUUCGAUACACCAGGACUCGGAGCCUGUACGCGUCAUAGCUGUAGCAACGACCCGCAACUUUUACAUCGUUGAGAGGCCUCCAGGGUUGCGGGACCCUCUCCACCCCGAAGUAGAGUUUAUGUAUAGAAGCGGCGAGGGUUUUGUGAUCCUAGAAACGAGAAAAUAUAAAAAACUAAAAAAAAUAAUAAAAGGGUUUCCCGCUGACAACUGGCUUGCUGCUGGAUGGAUGCUACAGGAAGAGGAGAAUGGGGUGUAUACGGAGACAUUCGAUUGUCUCCUUAUGGAGGUCAUCACACAAACCACAGACUUCAUCUUCUGUCUCCGCGCCCUCUCAGGAGAAACAGAAGAAGAAAGAGUACAAGUACUGCGAGACGUUGUCUCCGCGGAGUGUCUCCUCCAGCAUCUGCCGCUGCAGCUAAUCAGAGACAGUUUCUUAGCCAUACAAAGAACUUCUGCUGAAGAUGAGGCGCCAGUUGACCGUCUCGGUUUAUACAUCCUCACAUCUAUGUGUAACUAG